AUGGAGGUGUCAGCGUGCAUAGAUGGUGCCGCCCCUCCGAACCUGCUUCAGGGGGUGCCGAGCCUCCUUCGGGCUCGGCAAGACCACUACACCCCGUCCGUUCGGUCCGCUGCAGUGGCAAUGAGCGGCGACCUGCUGCCGCCGUCUGAUAUAGAGCUAGGCGAGCGACGCGACCCCAUAUCCCUCGAGCCAAUCACCAGCCCGCCUUCCAUCCGCCGGACCGCGUCAAUAGGUACCAGCAGCGGUAGGGACUUUUGCUUAUCGCUGCCUCAGAUUCCUCCUCCCGCUACUCCGCGACCCGACUUAAUAGCACCUCCAGAGGAAGGCGAUCUAGACAUGGGAAUUACCAUUAUCUGUCCACCCAGAAACGGGCUCCUAUUAAGCCCUACUGACGAAAACGAUAAAUCUGGCGAGACUGGCGAAGCCGGCGCGUCCAGCAGCAGGCGAGGCGCAUCAGGCCGUUCGGGCACGUCCGGAGCUGGCCCGGCGAUUCGGAAAGGCUCGCCGAGCCUGAGCCGCGCGAGGCUCGGGUUGGGGGAAAUCCGGCUGGACCUGGGCGCGUUGCGCGCGCGCACGGAGCGGGAUUUCAACGCGGAGGCGAUGGAGGUGCGCGCGCGCAAGGAGAAGUUCGCCUUCUUCGAGAAGGACUGCAGCCGCGUGCUGGAUCACGUGUUCGUGGGGAGCGAUUACGUGGCGCGCAGCCGGGAGAUCCUGCGCGACGCGGGUGUGACGCACGUGCUCAACUGCGUGGGAUUCGUGUGCCCCGAGUAUUUCCCCGGGGAUAUCGUGUACAAGACGCUCUGGCUGCAGGUGAGUGAAAGGGGCGGGGAAGAGGGGAGAGGGAAGGGAGGGAGUGGGGGGAAGGUGAGGGGGAGUGGUACGCAGGUUGGUGGAAGUGAGGUGGAAAUGAGUGAGGGAGGCGACGCUCUCAUCCCGUUGCACUCGUUUCUCCCGUUCCUUUCCCCUUCACCUCAGGACAACACGGCGGUGGACGUAACAUGCGUGCUGUGCUCGGAGGACAUCACAUGUGUGCUGUACGACGUGUUUGACUACAUGGAGGGCGUGCGGGAGGGCGCAGAGGACAUCACAUGUGUUGGAGGCAACGACAACACUGCGGAGGACAUCACAUGCGUGCUCUACGACGUGUUUGAUUACAUGGAGGGUGUGAGAGAAGGCGGGGGGCGCGUGUUCGUGCACUGCUGCCAGGGCGUCUCGCGCUCCACGUCGCUCGUGAUCGCCUACCUCAUGUGGACGCAGAGGAUGGAGUUUGAGGAGGCGUUCAGGCGGGUGAAGGCGGUGGGAUCUGCUGUGUUCUGCUGGGAAGGCAAGCAGUGCCACCCGCUCAUGGCCCAGCAAGGGUUGGCUACUGCCAGGCAGAUUAUCAAGUAUGAAGGUCUGGGCGGGGAGGCGGUUACGGUGACGGACGGGCAGGAGCCGGAAAGUUUUUUGGCUGCCCUUGGGGAUGGGGGUGGAGGGCGGGAGGGGAGAGUGGGUGGGGGGAGUGGGGCAGGGGCUGAUGCUGAGUUGAUGAAGGUGGUGGCUCGGCAGGGGUUGACGUACCUCGGGCAGGACGCAAAACUUUUAGAUGGUGCCUCGCAAAGUUGUGGCUGUGAGGUGUCUGACGGCGCUGCAGUAGCAGCUGUGGGUGAAUCAGCAGCGAGUAGCAGUGCAACGAGUGCACCAGAAGCAGCAGUACCGCCAGCAGCAGCAGCAGCAGCAGCAGCAGCAGCAGCAGCAGCAGCAGCAGCAGCAGCAGUGGCAGAGCCAACAGCAGCGUCCUCAGCAGCCGAGUCAUCUCCAUUAGCAACAAUCUUGUCUGAUUCUCCUCUCUCACCCUCCACACUCUCCUCCACCUCCCAGUCCACAACCCCAUCUCAGCCCAAGCCAACAACCCCGCGUAAACCCAAAACGACCACCCCUUCCCCACCCAAACCAAACUCAUCACCCACACCUGUGAGCCCUCUUGUUCCCUCGCUGCCUCACGCUGCCUCUGCCCCAAACGCCCCUCACACUCCCACCUCUCCUCUACCUCCCAACGUCUCGUCUCAGCCCUCGCCCCCGAACCUGCCCUCCACGUCUGCCGGACCAAGCCAGAAGUCCGAGUCUCCAGGCUUCUCUGCCUACCGAACCUCGUCCUCGCUCUUAGGCUCGACCUCGCUCUUUGGUGCGGUGGACAGGUUCGCGCAGAAGCUUCGGCGCCGAAGCUGGGACCGCAAAGAGGCGGAGCAGCUUCGGAAGAUGGCUGCAGCUGCAGAAAAAGAAGUAUCGGGAAAGAAAGAGAAGGGGAAGGAGGGGAAGGGUCGUAAAAGUGACAGCCCUUCAGAAGGAAAAGAAGCAGCAGCAGGAGACGCAGAGGGAUCAGGAGGAGGAACGGGCAGGAGCAAGAACAGUGAGGGGCGGGCGAGGAGGAGUGAGAGCCUCUCAGAGGAGCAGCUAGAGGCGCUAGCAGGGCAGCUGCGGUGCGGUGGGCUGCUAGAUCCCUCUGAUAUCCGCCUGCGCCGCCCCUUCCUGCGCGGGCUGGGGCGCACUGGGGGAGGCGCGGACUGGGGCAGGCGGAAACUGGCUCAGGAGGAGGCGGGGAGGGAGGAGGAGGACGGGUGUGGGGCGGGUGAGGCGGUGGAGGAGGGGGAAGGGAGGGUGGGAGGGGAGGGGGAGGAAGGGAGUGUGGAGGAGGAGAGGGAGAGAGAGGAGGGGAGGGUGGUAGGGGAGGAGGCAGGUGGGGGAGAGGAGGGGCGGGCGGAGAGGGGGAGGGGGCGGGAGCGGAGGAGGAAGGGCGAGGGGAGGGGCAUGCGUGGCCUAUCGCCCAUGCGCCUGCUGGCGAAGCUGUCAGGCGCAGCAGGGGGGGAGAAGGAGCAGAGGGGGGCGGGAGAGGGUGGAGCAGGCGCGAAUGCAAGUAGCAAUGCUGGUGGCAGUAGGAAUGCGAUCAGCAAUGGGAGUGGGAGUGGGAGUGGCAGUGGGAGAGGCAGUUCAAGUGGCAGUGCGGGCAGCAGUGCAGUGACGUGCCUGCGCCUGACUGCUGUGUCAUCGCCAGUAGCUCUCACGGGCGGCACGCCCCGUCCUGUAGCGGGCUUCGUCUCCCCCUCAGCCAGGCCGAACGUGCUGCCCCACAAGGGCCGCGGGUGGCUCUCUAACGAACCCACCUGGAACGACAACCCACCAGGUUCGGCUGCUGGUUCGGGCGUAGGCUCGGUAGGGGGGAAUGCGUUCGGUUCCAAGGAAUGGCCGAGCUGGAUCCCGAAGAACAGGUUCGGGGUGCUAGGCUUGGCAGGAGGUCCGGGGCUGCCGUCUCCAUCGUCGUUCUCCCCCAGAUCACUCGCGUUCUUCCCCCCUGGCGGCAUGGGCAUAUACGGGCAGGAGCUGAUGCGGUCUGUGCCCAAAGCACAGCAGGAGGGGGUGGUGCAGGGAGGGGGGCAGGGGAGGGAGAAUGGUGGGACAGAGUCAGGUGCAGGUGCUGGUGCAGCCGCCGCUUUUCCCUCAGCAGCACAGGGGAUGGGGUCAGGAGGACGUGGAGCUUUGGAAAGUGGGGGGGUGGGGUUCACCCCCAGGGGAGUGGGUCGCUAUGGGGGGUUCUCUCAGGGCGAGCUGCUUACAACCCCUCGUGGCGCCAGGUCAUCCGUCAAACCGCCCUGGGAGGUAGGCUCGGAUAAAUUCGCCAGUGCAGGCUCGGGUGGAGGGCCCCCCGCGCCAUACAUGCACCCCGCUGGCGGGCCUUCCGCUCCGGGGGGACCGCGCGGGCAGGAACCGAUUUUACGGCAGCCGAUCUCAUCGUACGUCCCCCCGCACCUGCGCGGCCGCGGACCAGUCGGCGGGGGAGAUUUUGCGCAGCCCCCGGGUAUGCCGGGAAUGGGCCAACCGGGAGCCCCCGGCCCUGCGCCGGUAGUCUCCUGGAAUGUGCCGGCGGGGGGAGCUGGCGGAUCGUGGGCGGAUCAGGCAGGCGCGGCGGGUCCAGCAUACGGGGGACCUCCGCCAGGCGGCGCAUGGAACGGCGGAGCUUCAGGCGGAGGCGGCUGGGGUGGCGGAGGAUACGGCGGAGGGGGCGGAGGCGCCUGGCAAGGGGGGGGUGCCGGAGGCGGGUACGGCGGCGGCCGAGGGGGAUACGGCGGCGGGAGACGGGGCGGCGGCGGUGGCGGCGGCGGAGGGCCGCUGGGAGGGUUUAGCGGGUCGGGCGGCGGGCGGGAGGAGGAUCCGUUUUCGACGCAGACGAAGAAGGACUCAGAGGCGGUGUUUGAGAACCACCAGAACACGGGCAUUAACUUCGACGCGUACGAGGAUAUCCCCGUCGAAACCAGCGGCGACAAUGUCCCCCCUGCCAUCACUGCUUUCGACGGAUCGGGGCUCCAGCCCGCGGUGAUGGAGAACGUGAAGCGCUGCAACUACUCCAACCCCACGCCCGUGCAGCGGCACGCCAUCCCCAUCUCGCUCGCGGGCCGCGACCUGAUGGCGUGCGCGCAGACGGGGUCCGGCAAGACGGCCGCCUUCUGCCUGCCCAUCAUCUCCGGCAUCCUCGCCGCCGGCCCGCCGCCCGACCGCCCCCGCUUCGGCCGCAAAGCGUUCCCGCUCGCGCUGAUUCUGUCGCCCACGCGCGAGCUCACGAGCCAGAUCCACGCGGAGGCCUGCAAGUUUGCUUACAAGACCGGCCUGCGAGCCGUCGUCGUUUAUGGCGGUGCCCCUGCCGGCCAGCAGAUGCGGGAGCUGGAGAGGGGAGUUGAGAUCCUUGUCGCCACGCCUGGAAGGCUGUGCGACAUGCUGGAGCGGGGAAAGGUAUCCCUCACCAUGGUGCGCUACAUGGCCCUGGACGAGGCCGACCGCAUGCUCGACAUGGGGUUCGAGCCGCAGAUCCGGCGCAUCGUGGAGCAGGAGGGCAUGCCGCGCGCGGGCGAGCGGCAGACGCUCAUGUUCUCGGCCACCUUCCCCAAGGAGAUCCAGCGCCUCGCCGCGGACUUCCUCGCCAACUACGUCUUCCUCACCGUGGGCCGCGUGGGGUCGUCCACGGACCUCAUUCAGCAGCGCGUGGAGUAUGUGCCCGAGCACGACAAGCGAUCCGUGCUCAUGGAUCUCAUUCACGCGCACCACACGUCCAACGGUGCUACUGGCAAUGCGGGCGGGCUGACACUUGUCUUCGUGGAGACCAAGAAGGGGGCCGACUCUCUCGAGGACUGGCUGUGCCGCAACGGCUUUCCCGCCACGUCCAUCCACGGCGACCGCUCGCAGCAGGAGCGCGAGUCCGCGCUGCGCUCCUUCCGCUCCGGCCGCACGCCCAUCCUCGUCGCCACCGACGUGGCGGCGCGCGGGCUGGACAUCCCGCACGUGAGCCACGUCAUCAACUACGACCUGCCCUCCGACAUCGAUGACUACGUGCACCGCAUCGGGCGUACCGGGCGCGCGGGGAAGACUGGGUUAGCCACGGCGUUUUUCUGUGACAAGGACACGAACCUGGCGCGGUCGCUGAUAGAGUUGAUGAGCGAGGCGAACCAGGAGGUGCCUGGCUGGCUGCAGAACUUCGCCUCGCGGUCGGGGUAUGGUGGCGGGGGGAAGGGCAGACGAGGCGGCGGCGGGAACCGGUUUGGAGGGAGGGAUUUCAGGAAGGAGCGCGGGGGAGGCGGAGGGGGGUAUGGCGGGGGUGGGUAUGGCGGUGGGGGGUAUGGAGGCGGGGGAGGGUAUGGGGGCGGGUAUGGGGGAGGAGGAGGGGGGUAUGGUGGUGGUGGUGGUUAUGGUGGCGGUGGUGGGUACAGCAACGCUCCUCCCAGUGCCUGGGAUUAG